GUAACGAUGGAGUCAAUACCGGCCAGGCGGCCAAAGCGUCGAUAUUGAUUUCACAGUUUUCAAUCAAUGCAAAGGCAAUAUCUCUUUGGGUUGCUAUGCCAAAACGUUGGUACCAUACAGAUACUUUAAGAAACCAAACAAUUGGAAGCUAAAGUUAUUAUAUUAGAAGAUUUUCUAAAUUCUAUUAAGCUAUUUGCAAGUCUCUUUUUCUACCAACAUUUUUGGCAGAAUUCGAAAACCAGUCAACACGUAUUAACAAACAGUGGUUUCAGUUGGUUAUUCGUUCCCGCCAAGAGAGCUCUGAUCAACAAUGGCAAGAAGGCGUGUGUUGUUGUUCCUAAAGUCGUUGGAUGCCUACUCGUUUUGUCAAUCAAACGGUGUCUCUCGUCCUACAAACCCUAAGGUAUUGCAUUAUCUGGAGGACAGGUCCAGAGUUCAUAAAAACGCCAUAGAAUUUUGCAAAAAUGUUUUACAAAGAAAGUCCGUUGACUGGGAUGCUACUUUUCGUAGUAAUCUUUCACGACCCAUUCGAAAUGUGGAUCUUGUUGUUACAGUAGGCGGUGAUGGAACGCUUUUGCAGGCAAGCCAUUUGUUGAAUGAUUCAAUCCCUUUACUUGGAGUAAACUCUGAUCCCACUAUACCACAAGAGGUGCAAGAAAUGGGUAACGAGUUUGAUGCUACCAGAAGCACCGGUUAUCUCUGUGCUGCAACCGUCAAGAACUUUGAACAGAUACUAAGUAACAUCCUGGAGGGUCGAACAACUCCUUGUGAACUAUCAAGAAUGUCGAUUCAUGCAAACUCAACGCCACUGUCAACAUAUGCUCUUAACGACAUUCUAAUUGCAGAUCCCUGUCCUGCUUCUGCUUCUAGGUUCUCUUUCAGAAUUAGGAAAGACGACGGGUCAAGUUCGCCUCUAGUCAACUGCAGAUCUAGUGGUCUGAGAGUCUCGACUGCUGCGGGGUCAUCAGCAGCAAUGCUAUCAGCUGGUGGAUUCCCUAUGCCUAUAUUAUCCAAAGAUCUCCAAUACAUGGUGAGAGAGCCCAUUUCACAAGAAGCAGCCCACUUGAGUUUAAUGCAUGGAACAAUAAAACCUAAACAAGCCAUGGAUAUUGACUGGUACACGAAAGACGGACUAAUCUACAUUGAUGGGUCUCGUCCUGUUCAUCCUGUCCGACAUGGUGAUACCAUACAAGUAUCUUCACAUGCGCCGAGUUUGAAAAUCUUUUUACCUGACCGUUUGUUACCAAGUGGGAUCUAAGUUUUUUUUAGAUUGUAUACAAAUGUUGCAAAAUGCUUUCACUUGUUUUUCGUGAUAUAUUAUUGAUAUUAAAAUGACCAUUUUACCCUAA